AUGGACCAGCAUGAGAUCAUUAACAUGAAUGGGAACUUGAACACACGGUUGUUGAUGGUAAACCGCAUUUUUUAUGAGAAGUUCUUACAAUUUCUCUUGUGGUACAAUAGAACCAUCCCAAAAUGUAUACAGCAAAUCUUUGAAUUUCUUUUGUUGCUAAAGGUAAUACCAUUGCCACUAAUAAUGAAUAUACCUAUAUACCAAAUCUAUAUGAUAAUAAAAUCUGUUUUUCUUUUACAGGCCGUCCUAAUGCUUUUAUUACUAAUCUACAUGCAUAUCUAUUUUAUAAGAUCUAUAAAUGGUUGCUUAGACUUUCUCAAAGAAGCUUUGCCAAAUAUUGAUAUACUUCGGUUGGAAACUAUUCAACCUGACCAACGUGAUUAUGCUGAACUGACUGGCAAUAUUGAUCAAAUAUUUACAUUGCAUGAAUCAUACUCUCGGGAAAUGAAGGCUAGGAAAUUAUAUGACUCAGAGUUCAUGGCUAGGUAUUUGUAUACAAAAUCGUUUAUCUAAUAAAUUAACUAUAUUCAUGUUUAAAACCCAAAUUUACUAAUAAUUUAAUCAUGAUUAGCUAAUAUUAACUGUGGUUAAAGUUAGUUUAACUGCUUGUUAAAUUUUACCACCAAAUAAGAUCACGGCCUAAUUAUUGUUUAAACACUACUAACUAUCCAAUUCCAUGUGAUCAACGCUGUAAAUAAUAAUUUAAACUAUCACUAGUAUAAAAUAAAUAAUCAAAAUUUGACAUCUAGACUUCAUUCAUUUUCAUUAUUAUUGAAUAUUAUUUUUUCUCAAUUCAUUUACUAUAAUUUAAAUAACAUUAAAAAUGUCUUAUGUUAUAGUGUGAGCUUUUGAGAUGGCAUUUAAAUAAGAAAAUUAUGUUUUCAUUAUAAUUGAUGUAUAAGAGGAAAUAAAUGAUGAUUUUGAUAAACUGAGCACUCCUAAAAUUUUUUUUCAUUGCAUUCAAUCAAUUUUUUUGCACUCAAUUACCCUGUAGUGACCAAUCAUUAAUUUAAAUACCUUAAACUUUUUCAAGAAUCAAAAGCAGGUUCAAGUUUCCUUCUUUUAAUAAUUAUAUUUAUGCUUUUAUCCAUAUUUAUUUUGAUUAACAAAAUAAUUAAAUAUUAGUUACACUUAAACUAACUGUUGGCUGUUGUGAUAAUGUUUUAGGGAUGAAUAAUUUUUUAAGUAACCUUGUGUGUCCUCUCAUACUCAAUACUGAUCAAAUAGGUUCAGAUAUAGUUUUAGAUUCUAAAUGUAGCAAAGAAACUUUUAAGUCUACUGAGAUAUGUUUUUAUUAUGGAAUAUAUUUAAUGAUAUAUUAAAAAUGUUUCAUGCUGUACUUUAAAAGGUUUUUCAGCUCAUGAGUUAUGGUACUUUUUUAUUUUUAGAUUCCUAGUGUAGUGAGGGAGCUAUCAGUUUUAUUAAGAUGUUUAUAUUUUUUUCUAGUCUGUGGACACGGUUUUUCUUAGUAAACUUUCUCUGAUUUUUAUGUGUAGCAACUUUUCUGGAAGCUCAAGUUGUCUAGAUUGUAUUUUAAACAGGUCAUUUUUUAAUCAUCAACUCCAUUUUUUAAAUAAAAGCACUUAAGUGGGAAAAACAUAGGAAAAUGUACAAUUUCACAAUUUCAUUAUUUUAUAAAAACACAUUUUCUACUAGAAAAAAUGAUUUAAUCGAAAAAUCAUAGGACACAUCUUUUAUUGCCUUUUUGAUUUACUUUCUUGUAUCACCGAACCACGUUUAGAAUCGUCUUUUGUCAAGCAAUGGUUUAUGUGGCUUACAGAUAUAAAUUAAAUAACCUUAUGUAUCCUACCUUCCCAACUUGCCACCUACCGCUUCAAUACUCAGUAUCAGCUCUUUUUUUUUUUUAAAUUCCAAUACUGUUUCCAAAAAAAUUGAAGACUAUUUAAUUUAUUGAAUAUUAAAUACUUUUUUUUUUCUAGGUCCAAUAGAAAAAUACCACCUUAUGAUGGAUCAACUCCUGAAGAGUGUGAACGUAAAGCUAGUAUUUCCAAAUACUCAUUUUGCCACAAAAAGGGUUAGUAACAUACAAAUUUAAUUUAACUACAAUAUUCUAUAAUAGUAUGUAUAAAAUAUUGACAACCAUUUUUCGUUAUAAUUCCCAAUGGGAGAGAAGGCUGGCCAAAAGUGCAUGUAUUUUAUAUUUUAUUUAUUUGAUAAAUAAUGAUUUAUCAUUACUUUUUUAAACGUGUAUACAUAAUAAAAAAUCAGAAUAAUUUUUAUAAAAAUGAAUGUAAUCCUAGUGACAAUUUAUUACAUUUUUUUAAUUUUAUUUAUAUUAUAUUAAUAAACCAUUUUUCAGCAAGUUUCCAACUUAAUUAGUAAUCUAGCAAAUUAAUCAAAUGUUUAUAUUAUUAUAACAUCUAUAUGUUAUAAGUAAAGUAUCACAGUUAUUUAAAAUAUGUAGUUCAGGUAAUACUAUUCAAUUUUUGUUAUUAUUUUUAAUAAUAAUAAUAUAUAUCAUAUAUGUAGUUUAGUGCACGAAGUACCAACAUCAAAAAUUGGUGAAUGUUUAAAUGUUGAAAAUUGAAAAUAAAAAGUUGAGAAAAAAAUUUUUUAUCAAAAAUCUACUUAAGUACAUAAUUAUUGCAACAAAAUUUUCUUUUUGUUAUCUUUUUCUUUCUGAUUAUGGCCCUUCUUACACCAAGCUACAGAAUUAAUUUGAUUUAUUUUUAAAAGUUUAAUUUUAUGAAGCCUUUUGGUGUAUUUAUUACUAAUGAUUUUUUAAAUAUUGUUUUACACAGAUUUUAUUGGACUGGACUCUAUUGGAGCUGAGAUGUGUUUCCCUAAUAAGGUAUUUUCAAUUUCAUAAAAUUUAAUUUUCAGAUUAUCUCAAUAAACAUGAGAUUGCUCUAAAUUUAAAUUUUUGAUAUUUAGUAUUCAAAUUCAUCUGCACUGCAAUAUUACCAAAACGAUUUUGACAUUAAUUCAAAUUUAUAUCCAAAUAUAAUUUUGGAGUAUUCAUCGACAUUUGCUUUAUUGAGUUUAUGUCCAAUAACCCGGUAUGAAACAAACGUUUCAGUACUAUAUGUGCCAUUAGAGCCGUUCCGCAGUAUAUGUUUUGGUGGAAAUAUUUUUAUUCAACAUUUAUUGAAAGCUUUUAAUGGUUAUCAUCAUGUUUUAAUGCAUUCAAUUAAAACUCUACUUCAAGAAAAAGAUAGAGGUUAUGUUAGGUAAAGUAUAUUAUAAUAAUAUAGUUAAUUGCUACUAAGUGAUAAUUAAUAAAUUAUACUAAAUAUGGGGUUUAAAAUUAUGUUAACUAGUGUAGUGAGAAGGGAACUAUUAUUUGAUUUAGGUUUGUAUUAUAAUAGUUUUCUAUAGAAUAUUAUUAAAAAAGUAAUAAAUUAAAAGAAAUGGAAAUGAAAAUGUACUUAUUUAAAAUAAACCAAGGUUUCAAUGUAAGUUUUAUAUAGUAUAUUAGGAUCAUUAUUUAAAAUAAGGCAGAUUAUUUAGAAUUUUAGAUUCUGGCAGAGUGAGGAAUGUAUUGGUUUUACAAUGAUGUUUUUUUCGUGCUGAUUUUUCUUCCAGAAAUUUUGAUCUGAUAUAUGAUGAUACCACUUUUUCUGAAAAAAAAUCUAACUAAAGAGGUACUUCUGGGUCACAUUUUAAUUUUCCCAGCUGUUUUCAUAAUAAAUUUAAAUAACCAGGAGGGGGAUAGAAAAAUCCAGGAAAAUAGAUACAAUUAUAAAUAAAUAUGUUUAUGUAUUUAUAUAUUUUACCAUAAUAUGAUAUAUAUAUUGUUGUCAAAGCAACACUAUUAACCAAAUUCCACUCAGAAUCAUUUUUCAUUGCUAAUGUUUACUCCUUGUGUAACAAUACAUUCAAUUCCUCCUCUACCUUUCUAACAUGUCACCUACAACAGUGGCCCAUCCAUAUGUGAAUUUUAUCUGUCUGUACAUACAUUUCUGCUGAAUUGUGAACAAAAUUCUUUAAUUUGCACUGGUAUUUUUUAUGGGGACAUUUUUACCAAUUUUAAACUUUCUAUUUUUCUUUGUUAGUAAGCAGGCUAGGAGACUCAUAAUUUUAACAAGUAUAUAAUAAUAAAUACAUAAGUUAUAUGCAGGUCUUAUAAAUUUAUUGCUUGUAGUUAUCACCCAAUAUAUAUUUUAAUAAUUUUACUUAAUAAUUAUUUGUCAUUGUUUCAGAAACUGCAUCACUAGGGAAUAUUACUUGUUCAUGGAUCAUGUGCCAUUAAUUAGGUCUUUGAUUAUUCCAUUUUUCUCUAUGAGUUUAUUUGUAAGUUUAAGAAGACAUACAGCUUAGAUAUUUGCAAAAUAGUAGUCAAUAUUGUUUUCUUAUUAAUUUAUUAACAAAAUUAUAUUUUUAAAUGUUUUAUAUGGAUCCUACACAAACAUUUGUUCUUUCCAUCUUACAAAAUAUAGUUAACAUACUUACACUAAUUACACAAAACUCUAAUUUAAUUUUUUAGUUUAAUUAUGAUUUUAGAAUAAAAACACCUAAUACAAAAUAAAAAGAGAACAAUAUUUUUAUGAAUAAUAUUUAGUUUCAACAUUUUCUCUGAAUAUAACAGUUAAUUUAUCGUUUAUAAAUAACACAUUUUUAACAUUCACUAAAACUAAAAAAAAAUGCACAGUCUUGCCUUCUGGGAUAUUGUUCUCUAUUAAUUUCAUAAGAGGUGUUUUUACUAUAUCUAGUGUUUGUAAGACUGAAACAACAAAUGCAUGUAUCCUUUUAGUUUAUAAUAAGUUGUUCUUAAUAUUAUAAGGAAAAAAACAAUUCCAGGAAAAUAGUUAUUGUGGUUAAACCAUAUUAUUAUGUAAUCAAGAUUAUGUGGUUUUACAUUAUUUAUUAUUAAUACUUUGUAGGAGUUCCUAUACUAUUUUACUAAAGCAAAAAUAAUAUAUUUAUACUAUAUAUUUGUGUGACAAUUUUGAAGUAAGUGAUUUGCUAGUUUCUUUUUCUAUCAGGGUUUGUAAUUUUACCAUAUCUAAUAGAUAUAUAAAAUUACUAAAACAAAAACUAUAUAAUGAUUAAAACAUACUUAUACAUUUCUCCUUUUUCUUUACUAUUUAUAUUUUAUUAUUCAAUAUUCAUUAAGUACUAUAUUGAUUUUAACUAAUGUCCAUUGACUUUGUUUAUAACUUUUAUGUAAUAUAUACCUAAUAUUGUAUUAGUAUUUUAAAUUCUGAGUAUUAAAGUUUUUACUGUUAACAUAAUUCAUUUCAACUAGAAAAUACCUUAAUAAAAAAAAUAAAUUUUAAAAACAAUAUCUUCUCAGCUACUGACUCAUUGAUGGUAAAAUAUUAUUUUAAUUAAUUAAUAAAUACAAAAAAAUAAUAAUAUAAAUACUUUUAUAGAGUAAAAACAUUAUAAAACUAAGUAAUUUUGUUUCUAUAAUUAUUAUUAUUUUUUUAACUAAAUAAUUAUUAAUAUAAUAUAUGUUUUAUAUUUUACUAUGUGUUCUGACCCUGGUUUUUAUUAUAAUUUAAUAUUUAUAGAAACAUAAUGCAUUUUUUUUGUUUUUGUUUUACAGAGCUAUUUAACUUUAAUGGUUUUUCGAUUUUUGAACAACUAUGUAACCAACAUAAUAGGUAAGAUAUUUUUUAGAUUUUUAUCAUAGGGAGAAAUGUUUUGUAUCUAUGAUGUGUACUUCACUAAUUCUUUUUCCUGUCUGAACAUGUUUUUAACUGGUUGGCUUGUCAACAUUUUAUCCAGUUUAUGCAUCAGAUUUUUAAGGUUUCAUGGUUUUGUAAGAAAACUAGAAAAAGUCAAAAAGAAACAUUUUCAAUAAAAUCUAUAUCAUUUUUAUUGGUAUUUGAUGAAAAAAAUCCUAGAGAAUAAAAAUUUUCAUUAAGUUAACAUUUUAGAUUCUGAGCGGAGAGAGACAUUUCAUACCAAAAAGUAUUAGUUCUACAAUGAUGUUUAUUUCUAUUUUUUUAUACUAAAUUCUAUCAGAAAUCUUACUCCAAAGUAACCAAUUAUAGCACCUUUUGUGAAAGGGAAUGAAUUUUCCUAAUAAAUAUUUAAAAAAACAUAGGAAAACAGGGAAAAUGUAUUAUUUGAAAAUCUUAAACAUCAUACUUUUUUCUGUGAAACUUCUACCAGAAAUUUUGCUCCAAUUUUCAAUUGUAACACUUUUUGUGGAAAGGGAAUUUUCCUGGUGUGGUACUUUGAAGUGGUCAUGUUUUAAUUUUUAAUUUAAUAAAAAUAAUGAGGGUUUACAUAAUAAAUGAGAAAAAACGAAAAAUUUACAAAAAUAAUGCUUAUAUUAUUUUCAAGUUUGUUUUUUUAUUGUAAUUUAGUGAAAAUAUUUGCACACUUGAAAUUUUGAUAGAAACCUUAUAUUUGCCUUAUACAGAUGUGGUCAAAUGUUCAAAACAUUUAAGUUAUUUUUAAGCCAUUAGUCAUUUUAAUCUUGUGAGUUUUUUUUUAUAUAAUAUUUAUUCAGUAAGUACUCUAAAAUUGUUAAACCAAAUAGAAAUACUUGACAAUUUAACAGUAGGUUCAUUAAAAGUUAUACUUAGUGGUCAACAAAAAAAAGUGGAGUUUAAUAUGAUUAUUUAUUUUUUUUAUAAGAAUUUUAAUAAAAAAUAAAUGUUAAAGACUUUCAAAACUUGUAUAACUGAACUCUGUUUAGAAUCAUUUAUCAUUAGUAAAGAUUAAUUGGUGUGUACAGAUAUACAUUAAGUAUGUCAGUCUGUUAGUAUGUGGUGGUAUGAUUUUUCAAAAAAUUUUGAAUUAUUUAACUUUUUUGAAAUUUUAGAGGUUCCUUUUCUCAAUUUGUAUGAAUAAAACUUAUUAUUAAAAUUCAAUACAAGUUUCAUUGUUUUUACCAGUUGAAGAAAAAUAAAAUAUUUGAUCUUAAUGCCACAAUUUAAACAUGACUUUUAAAUAUCAUAAACAAAUGUUAAUUAUUUAUGUAGUAUAAAAUUAAUACAAUUUUAUAAGUAGGUAUAUAAUAUUGUCAUUUUUUACAGUAUCUAUGGCAUAUCUAACUGAACUGGAAACAUUACGAAACAUAUAUUCAACAAUGUUAACUCUACUGGCUAUUUUAGGUAAGUGUGAAAUCAAUAAUUGAAUAAAAAAUAUAAAAUAUUUAUUGUUAAUACUAUAAUUAUAAUUUGUAAAAAUAAUACAAAAAGUAAAUAAGUUAAUGAAUGAAACAGGGAUGGAGUAGCCAGUCUGGAAAUAAUAAUUUUCCAGAUAGCUUGGAUCAUAUUAUAGCUUGGUGGCCUGAUAUUUAUAUAUAUUUUAAUUCUUUGUAUUAUUUAACAACUUAGUAAAAAGUAAUGCGAACAUAUAAUAUAAUCUUAUUUCAGUACACCUAUUAAGUAUUUUUUUUGUUUAUACACUCUUUAAAUUAUUAAAUUAAAAUACAUAUUGAUUAAAUCCCUUUUCUAAAUUUUUUUUAAUGGUUGAAACUGAUUCCACCCCUCAUAGCAUUGCACGUGACUCCUUUAAAAACUAGCUAAAUCCAAUAAAUUUAGCUUUUUUCAAUUUAAGUUCCUGACCUAAAAUGUCAGAAAAAUUUUGUUUGUUAUGUAUGUAUUUUAUCAAGUGGCCUGGAUAAAUUUUAAUCUUCCUGCCUGAAUUUGUGUAUUAGCCUGUGUAUUAGAAAUAGUAUUUUUAAAAUUUAUUUUUUCCAUCUUCCUAUCUUUUUCUUAUUNUGUCUAUUAUAAGUCUAUGUAAUAUUAUUUAAUUAGUAUUAUAACAUAGUCACUAUAAUUAAGUCCUCGUGAAUUGUUUGCCAAAUCCACAUAGUCCAUCUUUUCUUACUCUAAUGUCAUGGAUAUUUUGAAGACCAGAAAAUGCAAUUUAACUAUAAGAAUAUAAAUUGAGCAAAUUAAAAUCAAAUUGCACAAUGAAAAAUACAUUAUGUCACACAUUAAAUAAUUAUUGAAUUUAAAUAUUUUAAUAAUAUUAACUUUUUACAUAACAUUUUAUCCUGUAAUAUUUUAUGAAUGUGGUAUUUAUAUACUGUGUAUUAGAAAUAGUAUUUUUAAAAUUUAUUUUUUCCAUCUUCCUAUCUUUUUCUUAUUAUCAUUUACCAGUGGCAUAACUAUAUUCAUGUUGAUAAAUUUAAAAAAAACUACCUAUAAUAUAGAAAAAAUUGGGAUUUUUUUGAAAUUAAUUACAUUGAAAAAAUUGAACCAUGGCUAAAAAUGCUAAAUAAAAUUAUAAAUCUAUAAUAUGAAGUAUAAAAUAAAUUUUUAGCCAAGAUACCAUUGUUUAAAGAAUUGAAGGUGAAAAACAUGCUAGUCAUCAACAUUCUAUGAUUAUAAUAAUGAUUAUAAAUUUUUUCUGCCAGGUCUGAAGGUGUUAAUGAAUACCUUUUUCCAAACUGAUUCAUUCAUUCUAAUAAUUAUGCUGAUGGUUUGGUUAAGCCAUCAAUUGAGCCUACUAUUCUUUCACCACUCUAUGACGAGGAAUUAUUGGCUGAAGUGAGUAUUGAGAGCAGUAUUCUUGUUGUUUGUUGAUUUUUGUUUCUGUCCAGGAGUAUAAUGGACAAAAACACAAGAAACUCAUUUUUCACAACUCCGUAUUUUUCUUUAACUUUAGUAAUUAAUUUAUAGUUUGACAAAAAAAAACAUUAAUUCCAUUAACUUUCUUGUUUUUUAUAAUUUUUUCCAGUUUUGUUGGAUUGUUAAGAAAAUUUCAUUACAAAACAAAACAUGACUUUCUUACUCACCAUCUAGAUCCAAAAUACUUAUAGUUUCUUGGUUAGAGCAAGAGUUCUGUUAGAAAACUUAAAAUUAAAACAUUUUUUUUUUUUUAAAUAAAAUACUUUUUAAAAAUGUUUUAUAUUGAAUACAUUGGAAAAUAAUCAUUUUUAAAAUAUUCAGUAUACUACCCAUGUUUUUUUCUCCAUUGGUGCCAAUAAUUUAGAUACACACUCUCAUUGUUUUAAAAAAAAUUCAUUAAAUUAUUGGUAAAUAAUAAUUUUAAAUAUAUUUUUUAAUUCACAUGGUGUUUAGUACACUAUUUUAUAGAUUAUAUAAUUUUGUAGUAAAUAAAAAUGUUCUUAAAAAUUUACAUAAUAUAUAAUACCAAUAUCAUUUUUAUAAGUGAAUUUUGUUAUUUCAAUAUUUAAUAGCUUUAAAAAUACAAUAAUAUUCAACAAGAAGGGCUUAAUCUGUAUUUCUAUUUUAGAUUUAACUAUCUGUACCAGUUUUCGUUCUAUGUUUACUACUACCGGUUCAAUGGUCAAUUUGGCGGAUUAUCCUUAUAUGUUGCUUGGAGCUUUAUAGAGGUAAUACUCAAAUGUUUAAUUAAUUUGAAUGUUUUAUAAUAUAUAAAAAGAGUUGCAUAUAAUUUGUGAUAGAAUCUUGAUAUAUUCAAAUUAUAUAAAAUAAUCUUUAAGGUAAUUACAGUAGAGUAUCUAGGAUAUUUCCAUAAAAAGAGGGGGUUAUAUAGAAAUCUUAAGCAGUGUUUUUAUUGAAACAAAAUAAUAAUUUUACUUAGAAUGUUUUAUUUCCAACAUUCGUUGGAUAAAAUUUCCUCAAAAGUGACACCUAAGUAUGUUUUAAAAAACAAUUAUAAUAAAUAAUAAAUAUUAAAUUUGCCACUGCCCCAGUCAAUGGAAUAUGUCCAUUUUUUACUGAAAAGUUUGGUUUUUGUUUUUUUAGCACUCCAUUGUUUUCUUUCUUCAACAUUAUGAGAUACCACAUUUGGUGCAACAUGCCAUAGUUUAUGAAGCAAUCAUUAGAAGAAUACAACAGUAGAGAUAGAGAUACCAACAAGUACAAGUUCCUCCUCAACAAGAACAAAGACCCUCAAGAGCAAUACAAUUACUAGGAUUGGCUAAUGAAUCACAUGAUAUAUACACCAGAAAUAAUAAUCCAUAAAAUCCAAUUUAGUUAUUGGUCCCCUUAGUUAUUAUUUCUGAACAUUAGUAUUUACAAAUUUUCAUAGCAUUAUGGACAAUUUUAAACUAAUAGUUUGCAGUCUGUGUAAAAUGGG